UUACGUUUAUGUUUAAGAAUUAGAGCGAUGGAUAACUAGAAGGAGAUCGCGAAAAUAUCGUGUUGUUUUUAGAAAAUUAAUUACGUUUCUCCUAACCCCGGAGAUCCCGAGAAUGCAACCGCGAAAAUAAAAAUCAAGUUACGCGAACAUUUGAACUUUCGCGCCGAGACCUGCCAGGCAAACUCUGCGUUGCCAUAACGCCCGGAGCGCUACGCUCCCGUCGGUCGCCAUGCGCCAACCUGUCGCGUAGCAACAGUUGCUACGCAGACGUCGCCGGCAUCACCACGUGUGGUAUCCGCGUCAAGCAAAUUAAUAGUGCAUUCAGUGUUAAAUAGUUAAUUAGUUGUGCUCGAACCAUCGCCAGGAGAACACUAAACCAUCAGGAAAACUAUCCGAGGACAAUUGAAGUCGAAUUGACCCGUUGUCGGAGAGAUAGUCGAUCAUUGUCUCCCAGCGUAUACACGUCGCAACCAUGCAGGCCACCAGGAGGGAGCGGGCCUACCUGCGGGAGGCCAAGGAGUGGCUGCGGUGGGAGGAUGCGGAGGGUGAAAUCCUGGAUGGCGAGAACAUUUUCGCCAUCCAGGAUCUCCAUAACCGGGCCGCCAAAUGGUUGGCGGAUGCCGAGGACGAGGCCUUCAUGGCCGGAGCCCGUUGGGAGGGAGGUGUUGGACCGGACACCCCGAGAGCGCGGUGGGUCCGCGCUGUGAGGCGCGAGUCGCGCCAGUUCGAGGCCGAGGGCGAGCAGGUGCUCGCCCUCUACGAUGUCGAGGAUGCCUGGGCCCUCAGGAUCCUCUUCGGGGAGGAGUCCACCCAGCCUGACCUGACGGAGGAGGACUGGUCCCUGGAGCAGUGGGACUGAGAUCCCCCCCCCUCCGCC